AUGUCAAAUUUAGUAACUAAGAUUGAAGCUGAAGAAAAUGAACAAAAAACAAAAGUCUUGGAAGUAUUAUCUCAAAUUGCAGAUGAAUAUAUUAUUGUUCAAGGUUUGAAAGUGUUCAAGGCAUUAAAUAUGGAAAGAGAACUCCAUCUGGAUUACACUCGUGAGAAGAUUGAAGAGAAUAUUAUUAAAUUAAAAUACAAGCUUGAGGCAAAAGUUGAUAUAGAUCUUUACAGUUUGCUCAGGCAAGCUCUCAAAAAUAUAAAUUCUUCCGAACUUACAUGGUGGGACCCCAAAGCAAGUAUGGUUCUUGGUGAUAAUUUGGGUAUAAGAGAAAAAUAUGAAAGUCCUCCAGAAGAAUUGGUUCAGAAGUAUAUAAAUAUAGCCACUCCACCUAACACACAAAAGAGUACUUGUCAAUGGUUCUCCAGAUUCGAAGAAUUUAUUAAAGACACACAACUUACUAUUGAUUUGAUGAAAAUUCAUGAUGAUAAAAGAGUUAUUGCAUCAUUAUUGUGUCAGUUUAUUGAUGUAGUUAGAACUAGAGAAAACAAGGAAUACAUGGCUAAUUCAUUAUAUAAUGGGAUCUGUGCUAUCAACCAUUAUUUCCAAGCAUUAUUAAAAUAUAAAACACCAUUCAAUAUUCAUGAAGAUUUUGAAUUUGGUGCUGUAAGAGAUGUUUUGCAUUCAAGAAUGAUAGAGUUGGAAGAACUUGCUGGUGGUAAUUACAACGGUGCAGAUCCUUUGUCUGAUGAGGAGAUGGUCAAGAUCUUUGAUCAUACAAUGGUAUCAUCAAAUUCACCUGAAGGACUACUCAGAAGGGUAUUUUUGUGGAUUGGUUGUUGUACUGCACAACAUGGUGGAUAUUAUCAUAAAAAUAAUUCAAAUAAACAUCCAACCAAUAUAAUACCUCCAGAUGAAACAGGUGAAAUAGAAAUUAAUGAUGGUAAAUGGUACUUAAAUAAGCAUCUUGGCAGGGAUAGUUUAAACUCAAUGUUAAAGGAAAUUGGUUUUUUUGGUCCAAACUCAUUAACCUCAAAAGAUAUUGAAUGGAAAUUCCCACUUGUCCUUAAUACUAUGCCAGCUACUAUUAACAUCAACCCUAGAGCAAAUUUAUUGAGAAGAAAGUCUGGUUCACGAAAAAUUGUAAAGAAUUCAAAGAAAUUUGAUUUGAAAGAUUUAGCGGAAAGUGUCUCGAUAGAGGGUACCGCAUUAAUAGUUGAAAGAUGUGUUAACCAAAUUAGUUUAAGAGAAGGAGGAGACGAGACAAAAUAUUUACUACAUUGUUUAUUACAUGGUAAUCAAACUGAAUUUGAAGAUGAAAUACAAACACAAAGCAUUCAUAAUGUUGUAGCAGCAAUGAAAUGGACACUUCGACAUUGUUCAGUAACAAUAGUUCCAUACUAUUACUACGAAGAAUUAAAUCAAGAAAUAGUAUUGCAAUUAUUUGAUAUAUGUGCAAAAGUAACAAUUGAAUCAGAGACAAAUAAAAUGUCAGCUCAUAAGAUAGUCAAGUCGUUGGCAUUGAGUUUGUUGGGGGAUCAGAAAAGGAUUUUUGGAAGUUUUGAUGAAGCGUAUACUGAAUGGACAAAAUGUUCUAAUGCUUGUUUACACUUGUUUUUGGCGUAUCUAAGAGAGAAAUCUUUAGAGUGUGAAUUACAUCCUAAACUAUCAAUUUUAUUAGAAAAUUAUGUUGAAAAUAGAAAGAAAUCAGUAAGUACUUUGAGAUUUGUUGAUAAUAAUAAUAUUAGCGGAAGUGAUGGCGAUAAUGACGAAAAUAAUAAAAUAAUAAAUAAGCAAUCAUCACCUACAGCAUCUGGUAGAAAAAAAUCUGUUGUACACUUUGCAAAAGAUUAUAGACCAAUCAGUGUGUUGAGAGUGACUAGAUCAAUACCACCUAAAAAAGAGGAACCCCUUCCUCCUUCAACAAACCAUAUGAUGGUGAGUAUAAUAUUACCAGAAGUUAUGGAUAAUCUAAAAAGACGUACGAUAGUAAGGCCAAGUGAAUUGAUGUCUAAAGAUGAACAACGUACGGCUGAACAAAUGUGGGAAGAAUUUCAAAGUCAUGGAAUAGCAGCUAUCUCUGACGAGUUCUUGAAAAUAUUUGUUUCGUUAGACGAACGAGCAAUUAAUAAUCUUCAUAAUUAUAAUCACAGCAAUAAUAUAGACAUAUUCAAAACACCAAUUGAAAAAAAUUGGUGGGAUUUUUCUAGGAAAGGGUUUAAAAGUUUUUAUUUGGAACCUCCUGUACCCAAAUCACCAACGUCACCGACACCAUCAACUUCACCAAAAACUGUUGCAUGGGAAGAUUUUAGCGAGAAAGGAUUUGGUGAUCCGUUGGAUAAUGUUCUGGAAGUGUUAACAAUAAGCUCACCAACCUUAAAAUCACCAACGAUCAUGACAAAUUCAGAUACAUUAAUUGCCGAUGAUGAUAAUGAUAUCCGCGGUAUUGAAAAGUCAUAUAACGGUAAAUUUAAUAACAAGAAAUCAUUGCUGCCUAAAUUUCGCGCGUUAAAGAAAAGAUCAUCAUAUAGCAAAUCUAUUUCAAAGAUAGAUGAACUUGAAAAGGUUGUAGAGGAGGAGGAGGAUUGGGAGGAUUGGUAUAUUAUAGAUGCUGAGGAAGACUUCCCGGUGACCACACAUUUGGCCAUUGAAUCGAUUGAUGAAAUAUUUCCAUAUGUCUGGAUUGAAGCGAUUGACGAUGAGGCGAAGGAUGGGGAGGAGAAUAGAUGGGGAGAAUGGAUUUUUGUUGAGCCAAAGAAAGGUUUGGUGCAAGAGUGUGAGUGGAUAAUGAUUGAAGAGAAGGAGCAGGAUAUCAAGGCGUGGAAACAAUCACGUCGUAACUACAGGAAUCGUAAAACUGGUACAUUUAGUAGUUUUACAUUAUUAGGCGGUGCUAAUAAAACUGGUGUUGGCAUUGAUGUCAGUAAUGGUGGUGAAAAUAGACGACUUACAUAUUAUGAAGAUGAUAACGGUAAACGAAGAAAAAAACGACUUUCCAAAAAGAUUAUAAGUCCACCGAUUCCAUUAGAUUAUAACACUUCACGAUGGUCAAGAAAAAUUGAAAAUGAUGAAAUUAUUAAUAUGAAUAAUGAUAACGACGAGACUUACAAUAAUGAUGGUGAUGGCAAUUAUAAUCAUGAUGAUAAUAUAUUUCCUACUCGAUAUGAAUCAACAGGAAAAUAUAGUAAUGAGGAAGAAGAAAUUGAUUAUAAUAAUAAUCGAGGAAGUAGUUAUCAAAGAACUUUAAGUGGUGGUGGCGAAGGGUUAGAAAAUUUUGGAAGUGAUUAUUAUCACAAAACAACAAAUGAUGAUGGUGAUGAUUAUAAUCAAGAGACAUCAUAUGGAAAAAGAGAUUCUGAUGAUUUGGGUGAUCAUUAUGGGGAAAAUUUAGGAAAUAAUUAUCAAGAUAGUAAUUAUCAAGAAAAUUAUCAGGAAGGUUAUCGACAAAAAGAUGAUGUUGGUGAAUAUAGCGAAGAUUUAAAUAAUAAUAAUGAAAAUAUUUUCUAG